AUGAACGAUGUAUCCAACUGCCAGCGCAUAAGCAGACUUCCAGUCAGGUCCUUUCCAACUCUGAUUGGGCCCUUGCCACCUCUGGUCGGGCCCUUGCCACAUCCUUUCGGGCCCUUGCCAACUCUGAUUGGGCCCUUGCCACCUCUGGUCGGGCCCUUGCCACAUCCUUUCGGGCCCUUGCCAACUCUGAUUGGGCCCUUGCCACCUCUGGUCGGGCCCUUGCCACAUCCUUUCGGGCCCUUGCCAACUCUGAUUGGGCCCUUGCCACCUCUGGUCGGGCCCUUGCCACAUCCUUUCGGGCCCUUGCCAACUCUGAUUGGGCCCUUGCCACCUCUGGUCGGGCCCUUGCCACAUCCUUUCGGGCCCUUGCCAACUCUGAUUGGGCCCUUGCCACCUCUGGUCGGGCCCUUGCCACAUCCUUUCGGGCCCUUGCCAACUCUGAUUGGGCCCUUGCCACCUCUGGUCGGGCCCUUGCCACAUCCUUUCGGGCCCUUGCUAACUCUGAUUGGGCCCUUGCCACCUCUGGUCGGGCCCUUGCCACAUCCUUUCGGGCCCUUGCCAACUCUGAUUGGGCCCUUGCCACCUCUGUCGACUGGACAGCUGGACAGCUGGACAGCUCAGGGCAGCACGACGUGCAACCCCACAAGCCACGACCCCCACCUGGGCCCACCUUACCUGACUGCAGUCUUGGUUGGACAUGGCUUCAUAUGCUGCAACACCAUCCUCGCACAUGCUGCAUGCCACCCUUCCUGCGAGGUUGAAACCCAGCGUGACUAG